GCCAAGCGAAUCAUACAAUUCUUCGUACUCAGUAGUCUUCGCGCAAGCAAACAACAAAAUUUUUUAUGAUCUUAUUUUUUCGAGUGGCGUGUGUGCGGAGUGUGUUUAAAAACUGCAAACUGUCCCUCAAUCAUGUCGUAAUUUAUUAUUUUCGUUAAGCUACUUGAGAUUUCAUAGCAUCCAGGUUACCGCAACGUGUGGGCAGAUAUUACAUUUUAUCUUGUCUUUGGAACUACUGGUUGAUUUUUUUUGUUUUGUGUGGUGUAUGGACUAAUUUUAGGGUUAGUGUUACGGAUUAGUGAAUGCAUCUGUACCGAGACAGUUCCGGUGCCGUACAACGCCUCGAUCUCCCAACUCCCGCGACCGGCAAAAUGCUGCCCGCGGUACCCACUCGGACGUCUAGUCUCAAUCCGGAAUUCAAACCCGACAAAUCCCGCCGUUCACCCACUGAUUUAUUUGAACGCUACCUGAAAUCCGCAUAUUAUCCGGAUGCCAACGGGAUAACGUCAUCGUCAACCAACCUGAAUGCCAACGUCAACAACGUCAGCGGCGGCGCGGACAGCUUGCGACACAGUUUCCGUGCCGGCUUACCUGGUCAUCGGUCGCGCGCUGGCCUGUCGCCGGCCGCCAGCGCCGUCGUCAACAACAACAACAACGUCGUCAACACCGCUGGCAUGGUACGUGUCAACAUUCCCACCUCAGCUGACCAUCAUGUGCGCGAGGCACGGGCGUCAUCCAAUUCGCCGCCCAUGUACAAGAUCCGCGCACGAUCCAACAGCUUCAAGGAAAACGAUAAGAACGGCUGGAUUACCGUGGGUCCAGAGUUCUCCAUUAAACCGGCCCAUGGUGUCCAGCCUGUGAUCAAUGUUACCAUACUUCCCACCUUAAAAACAUCCGAGCCGGAUUAUAGCGGCAGUGGGAGUGGCGUGGUUGUCGUGCCGGAGAGGAUUAUUAGUGGGACGGGCGGGGUGAAUGUGCAGUCACUGGGCAGUGGGCACGGCAGACCGCCGGUGUUAACCGCCAAAAAUGCAAUCGUUUCCGCACCAAUAUCGAAUCCUCAUUCGAUGGAACGUGACGGACUGUACCAAAUCUAUACCCCACCUCUUCCCCCCGCAGCAGUUCCUCCCCAUGCCGCCCUUCCACCCACCCCGGUGGAGAAGGAGAAACCUCGUCUGUCCACCUUAUUGCGCCGUCGCAAUUCGAGUAUGUCACGCGCCCACACACUACAGAAUAGCAGCCAACCCUUUCAGCGGACCUACUCCAUGAAUUUGAAAUCCGCACUGAAAAAACGCUCCAGCUCUCAAAGUUAUUUUGAACCGAAGAAGAGCGUGACCUUUGCUGAUUAUACGACGGUGUACAGCUGAGAAAACCACAGAACGGAAUUUCUCAUGUUUCCUAUACUUUUUGUACAUAUCUAUUCUGGAGCAGCGAUCAUCGCUCAUUUUGCCCGCGCCAUUGUUACAACAAACUUGCAUCAAUCAGUGCUUGCGUAGAGAGCGUGGAAUCUGCCGUGUGGACCGCGAUGAGUCAAAUGUUGUGCGCGCGGCCCCGUUGUCGAUCAUAUCAGCCAAUCUCAUUAUGGAUUCACAAAAAAAUUACGCUCACACAAUACAACCCCAACGGGCCAACAACAACGCGAUGUGUACGCGCGCACAGCGUACGUAGCACGGCAGGAGUGUAUAUAGUUUUGGCAGCCAAUAGAUGCUUAAUCUCACGCGUUGGCUUUUGUAAUUAACUAUAUCCAAAAGGCACCCGCCGGCACUGUUUGUUCCUCUGUGAGACGAAAAAAUACCAUUGAUAUUCUUUUAACUCUCUUUCUAAUAACACUGAAUAUCAAUCGGCGUUUUCUCUUUUUGUUGAAAACGAACCUUACCCUACUUGUUUGUUGCGCAACCCGUGAUCGCGACGGCGGCGCAUAGUGCGUGCGUCUCCGCAUUUUAAUGAGACAACCAUGGAAUGCGACCUUUCAUUCACUGUCGCUUUCCCACAUGAUUUUGUUUGCGUUGUGUAAAUGUCCCGCGGAGAGAACACCUUGUGGAUUUCCUUCAUGUCAUGCGAUCUUCUGGCAACUGUUUGCCGUUGGGCCUUUUGAUGUGCGUUUGUUUUCUGUUGUACCUCCGUGCACGGGUCUUGUUUGAUACACGCUGUGAACUGAGCUGAUAAGAGAGAGAAAGAGAUUAAAUACAUGUAUAUG